AACGACACAUCCUUUGCUACUGCGCUACCUUUGCUUACUUCAAUUGAGGAGUGCAUUACCCGUUAAUCAGAAGAGAACUACGGCUGUAAGAAUCGUCUGCUUGGAUAUCAAUUUCGACCACGAAUCUUUCUACAGGCUGUCAACCUUCUCCAUAUCGCCCAUCAUGAGGGCUCGACUGUGGAAUACCUUCGAACAGACUGUGCCAUGGAUUGCUCGUGGUAGCCGGCAGCCAUUGUCACAAGUCGAGGGUCUUGCUAGGUUCUCGACUGCGUCUCGUUCAUACGCACCCCUCGACUCGACUCGAGAUUCCGCUGUUCGCCGCCAGAGAGAAAAUGAUAUUCUCAGGUCGAGCAAACCCGUCGUCGAGACCUCAAGUAACGAUUCGCAAGGACUUGAGGGCGUACUGCGUGUUCUGAGUGCAAAGAACCAAGCAGCCGGUCAGAAGAAUGCAACCUACAUUGAUGGAGUUCGUGCACGACAGGAGCAACUAUAUUCCACGUACGGCAACCGUACGCCUCCAUAUAAUCUACACGUCUAUGCCCACAAACACAAUACGAUAAUCACGCUUACGAGACCGAACGGUAACCCUCUAAUGUCUCUUGGCUGUGGCAACAUCGGAUUCCGCAAAUCUCAUCGCUCCGGCUACGACCCAGCCUACCAACUGUCUUCGCACGUCUUCGCGCAAAUACAAGAGAAGGGCCUUUUACCAGAGAUCACCGGUAUCUCACUUGUGUUCCGAGGCUUUGGAAUGGGCCGUGAUGCUUUCAUCAAGGUGUUGCUGGGGAACGAAGGACGAAACGUUCGACCAUUAGUCACUCGCGUCACGGAUUCUACCAGAAUCAAGUUCGGUGAUUGGGUUAAGAAGAUGUUAUGGAUUUUCUUUUUGAGAAAGCUCUCUAUGCAACUUCUGUAUAAGUAUGGCUUGUGGUUUGAAUAA